CCACUGGCAGGAGUUCCUGCGGGAGGCGGAUCCCUUGAUGAGCGACAGCUGGCCGUGGCCGUUGGGAGAGCGUUCAGCGUCGGCCAGGGCGCGCGGCAGCGGCUCGCGUGGCUGCUGCGGGCGCGGGCAGCCCCUUCCCCUCCCCCUCGGCCAACGGUUCCGCGGCGCUGUCCCCUCUCCCCGCCGCCGGGGACUGGCGCACGUCGUCGUCGUCGUCGUCGCCGCCGCCGCCGCCGCGAGCCGCGCUCGGAGCCAUGUCGGACUGGGUGUCCUACUACCGGAGCGAGGGGGCGGCGGAGGAGGAGGAGGAGGACGAGCAGGAACAGGGGGCUGAGGCGUUCGUGGACCACAAAUACGCGGGUCGGGACAGCUUGAUUUUCUUAGUUGAUGCUUCCAAGGCCAUGUUUGAGUCGUACGAGGAUGAGGAAGAAUUCACUCCCUUUGACAUGACCAUGCAGUGCAUCCGGAAUGUGUAUACCAGCAAAAUUAUUAGUAGUGAUAGGGACCUGCUAAGUGUUGUGUUCUAUGGCACAGAAAAGAACAAGAAUUCUGCAGACUUCAAGCAUGUUUAUGUUCUUCAGGAGUUGGACAAUCCAGGUGCUAAGCGUAUUCUAGAACUGGACAAAUACAGAGGAGACCAAGGACAAAUACUUUUCCGGGAGACCUUUGGCCACAAUACCGGCUAUUCACUGGGUGAAGCACUCUGGGCCUGCUCUAAUCUCUUCAGCGAUGUUCGAGUGAGAAUGAGCCACAAAAGGAUUAUGCUGUUCACCAAUGAGGAUAACCCUCAUGCCAAUGACAGUGCUAAAGCCAAGCUGGCUAGGACCAGAGCUGGUGAUCUUAGAGACACAGGUAUCAUCCUGGACUUGAUGCACUUGAAGAAGCCUGGAGGAUUUGAUAUCUCCUUGUUCUACAGGGACAUCAUUAACAUAGCAGAGGAUGAGGAGCUUGGGAUCCAACCUCAUGAAUCAGGGAAGCUGGAACAUCUCAUGAAGAAAGUACGAGCAAAGGAGACAAAGAAACGGGCUUUAGUCAGGUUAAAUCUGUAUCUGAGCAAAGAUCUGUCUCUUACUGUUGGUGUGUACAGCCUCCUUCAAAAAGCUUAUAAACCAUAUCCAGUGAAGCUUUACCGGGAAACCAAUGAGCCAGUUAAAACAAAGACAAGAAUGUUUAAUGGGAAAACAGGCAGCUUGCUUCUGCCUUGUGAUACAAAAAGGGCUCAGAUGUAUGGAAACCGUCAGAUUGUGCUGGAGAAAGAGGAAACAGAAGAAAUAAAACGGUUUGAUUCACCAGGCUUGGUUCUGAUUGGCUUCAAACCGCUUUCAAUGCUAAAGCAGCAUCACUAUAUCAGGCCUUCCCAGUUCAUCUAUCCUGAGGAGGUCCUAGUAAAGGGGAGUACAACGCUUUUUAAUGCCUUAUUGAUGAAGUGCUUGGAGAGAGAAGUGUUGGCACUGUGCAGAUACACUCCCCGCCGGAACACUCCCCCUCGCUUUGUGGCACUGGUUCCCCAGGAGGAAGAGCUGGAUGAACAAAAAGUGCAGAUAGCCCCUCCAGGUUUCCAUCUCAUUUUCCUGCCAUAUGCAGAUGACAAACGGAAAGUUGAUUUUACAGAAAAGGUGCCAGCCAAUCGAGAACAGGUGGACAAAAUGAAGGAAAUCAUUCAAAAACUCAGGUUCAAAUACAGGACUGACAGCUUUGAGAAUCCAGUUUUGCAGCAGCACUUCCGGAAUCUGGAGGCUUUGGCACUGGAUAUGAUGGAACCGGAACAAGCUAAGGAUUUGACAAUGCCAAAGGCUGAGGAGAUGAGCCGCAGGCUGGGCAACCUGGUGGAAGAGUUUAAGCAGCUGGUUUAUCCUCCUGACUAUGAUCCUGAUAGGAGGGCUGUAAAGCGAAAACAAGGUGAUGGUGAUGGUCAAACUGAGAAAAAACCCAAGACAGAAAUCUCAAGAGAUGAGCUGAGGAGCCAUGUGCAGAAGGGCACUCUAGGCAAGCUCACGGUACCUGUUCUGAAGGAUGCAUGCAGGCUUUGUGGGCUCAGGGGUGGUGGGAAGAAACAGGAGCUCAUGGAUGCAUUAACUGAAUAUUUUAAGGACCACUAAGCAGGAAGAGAAGUCCAUUGUUUGAUUUCUAUCUGCUUAAAGUUUUAGUUGUCUUAUGUGGAAGCUGAGUCUGGUUAAUCUUGCUGUAGAGGAGGAGAGGACUCAAUGUUGCUGACUAUAGCAGUGAAGAAAGUUUUUACUUUUAGUUGUGAAAAAUCUCUGCAAACUUGGGUUCCGUUCACAGUAGCCAAAGGCAGAAUUAAAUUCCCUGCCAACUCAGGUCACUCAUUGAAAAUGAACACGGUUGUGCCUUCAUGAUUUCUUAAUAAAAGUUUUUUUGGACUUCUUACUUUGCAACACUGGCUAUAACAUCUUUUUGCCAUAAAGACAGCAAAACUCAUUUUAACAUGAGUAAGAAAACAAAAUGAUCUGCGUUAAUGGCACCACAUUAAUUCAUGCAACAGGUCAAGUCUUUGUGCUAAAAGAAGGUAUAAAUGUGUGUUACUGUGCUACUCUCCAAAACUGCCAAUCGGUAUCGCUACUUGUAAACAACCUGGGUUCUUUUCCACCGUCAGCAUUAUAAAGAUUAUCAGCAGAUCUUAAAGGAGAAAAUCAUUAUUGCUAAGUGGUACCCAAUCCAUUGUACAAAAAGCCAGCACUUUGCAAAGGUGUUCAGUCCAAUCUUCCAUUUUUAAACAGAAACUGCAAAAGCGUUUUUUUUUUUUUUUUUUUUUUUUUUUUUUUUUUUAAAAAGAUCAUGUUCCCUAGAGGGCUGCAAGCACUUAUCCCAGUUUAAUUACUGAGAUAGCAUAGAGCUUUUCUACCUCCGUAGCAAAGGUGAGUCAGACUACUUAAAGGCUUCUAUACUUGAACUUCUGCUUUAAAAAUAGCAAGUUGUAGAGAGUAGCUAUUACUUAUUACUUCUGGUAUUUUUUUGAAUCCUACUCAUGUAUUGUAUUCAUGGGUGUAUAUAUUUUGGUUUUUAAACUCCUGCCCCUGGGUCACCCCACUUGUCUUGCAGUGCCAGAUGAGUAAAAACAGUAUGUGGAUAAAUAGUCCUUCUCCUUGCCAUAGAAAACAGUUGUAACGGUUUAGCUAUAUUGUAACUUUCCACUGGAUGCAAACAUGGAAUACAUAAAGCAUUUAUUUUUGUAUGCAUGGUGUUCUUGUGUUCAGCAUAAAUUCCUGUGUUUGGCACAAAAACAAUUAGGCAACUUCUUGUAGAAUUAAGUAAUACGUUAUGGUCAUGCCCAUGCCGUAGUGAGUACAGUGCACACAAAUACAUUGGAGCCAGUUGUGAAUGCUCUCUUGGCACAGUGACCACUUUGCCAGCACACUGCUUGCUUCCACCUGUACAACUCUUCUUAAAAGAGCAGCUAGCCCAUACUGAGCACCACAGGACUGAAACUAGAUAGUCUACUAUGAUACUGUAAUGCAGGUUGAUUCAAAGUCGUUAUUUCUAAUAAAGUUUUGUCUAAACAAAUUUUCUUUCUAGUAGAUCCUUUAGGCAAAGAAGUUGCUGUAAAUGCUUGUCUUAGCAAGACUUUAACUGAAAGCAAUAAAAUUAUGGGACUAUCUUGUCCUUAA